AGCAGCGGUUUCAUGCCAGCCACCGGAGGCGGACCAACAUCAACGUCAGUGAUGAAUCCUGGCUCUUCGGCGCCACCAAGCACGGGGUGUUUCAAUAAUUCAACGUUAUGGAGGUUAGAACUUUAGCGUCGUGACUCUAGCACAACUAGAAGAAAUGAAAUGCAAAUCCACUAUAAUGAUCGCUAGGAUCUUCGCGUCUUCAUUUUUGUGAGCCACUAUCUAGCCUUCAUGUCUGCACAGUGGUACAGCCGGGAACAACAGCGGCACCGGAAACAUGAACCAGCAAAGCAAUAUGGUGAGUAACUUUGGAAGCGGCAUGAACAGUUUCGGCAACUCGAGUGGGUCAGGCGGCUGUGGGAACCCUAACACGUCUCACAGUUAUGAAAGCUUCUUUCUGUAUCUCUAUUCUGGUUCUACUAUUUAACUUAGUAAAUUCUAAUUCUUAGUAACUAAGUAAGGUGCUAGCAGCUUGGUUAUUUCAGUUUAAUUGAAUGGUUUCGGUAUUGGGUAGCCUGAAUUUGAUCACAAGGGUUCUCUUCUUGUUUUCCCUUAUGAUCAAACUCAGGCUAUACCAAAAAUACCGGAAGCAUACGCUAAUUCUACUAAGUUAGGUGCUUUCGAAUAGACGCAGACACAGAGGACUCAGACAGAUCCUCCCCAUCUAUAACAUAGACACUGCCAGUGCCACUGUUGCUGGUCUUGAAUUUUUCGAACAAGAAGUCGACUCAACAUCUACAUCCGGAGUGAGUAAAGAUAGUUUCCGGCUAUGGUCGUGCAGCUACGUAGUUUCUAAUGUAAUAGCUACGGGAACAUGAAUGGGGGCGGCAAUACCAAUCAAGUUGGAAGUGGUGCUGGAGGAGGAAACAGUAUAAUGAGUGGUCAACAUAAAAUGCUUGGCAACACGAACACCAAUAACAUGCAGCAAAUGAUGAAUAACAAUAGCAACAGCAGCCUGAUGAACAAGAUGUCAACAACUAGUACAACCUGCUCAGGAGUUGGAAUGUCUUCCUCAGGGAACAACAUGAGUACUAUGAAUGCCAACAGCAUGAUGAUGCAGCAGGCGGGAAGCAGACACAUGAACAACAUCAUGAUGAACGCGACAAAUUCUACCUCUAGUGGUACAACUAUGGUUAAGACGAAUGACGCAUGUCUAUAUCAUCCUUAUAUAUAA